AUGUACACUGCCAAUUUAAACGUGAAUGCAUUGCUUGAAGACGAUGAAUCAAUCAUGCCAGCUAGUCCUCCAUCAGUUACACUGAGAGGAUUUGUAGCUUAUCACAUCUUCAACAAACAAACGCAUGUUAAAUCUAGACUUCCAUCUUCAUACAGCAUAUUCAAGCGAGCCACUGUGCAAUAUCAGCAAGUCAUUGAAUUGAUAAACCCAGCAUUCAGAACAGAUCAGAUAUACAUCCCAAGAAGAACACUCACAAAUCCCAGAGAACCAUCAAAGAACAGUGGAUACGACAACAUACAUGAUGAUUACAUUUUGAGAGUCAAGGGCAUCUUGGGAGACGCUGAAAAGUACGAAAUUUUGGAUUUGAUGGGCCAGGGUACAUUUGGGCAAGUGGUGAUGUGCAAGACAUUGAGGACAGGGGAACUGGUUGCCAUCAAGGUCAUCAAGAAUCAGUUUUCAUACCAUGCACAAGGAGAGAAAGAAGUGGCAAUACUGCGACAGCUUAAAAGUCAUCCUGAGAAUAGAGAUAGGUUUCUCCAACUACGGCACUCGUUUCUUUUCAGAGGUCAUUUGUGUGCAGUGUUCGAGUUGUUAUCGAUCAGUUUACACAAAGUAUUAAGCCAACGACCGGGAAGGCCCAAUUUAGCGAUCAAGGAUAUUCAAAGAAUUUCGCUCAACAUUCUGGAAACGCUAGCGUUGCUGAAAGAGAUGAGGAUUAUUCACACUGAUUUGAAGCCUGAUAACAUCCUAUUAAAGAGAUUUGAUGAUAUUCAUAACGUCAAACUCAUCGAUUAUGGAUCAGCAAUGAUGGAGUAUGGCGAGCUGAAUUACUGCAUUCAAACAGCAUUUUAUCGCUCUCCAGAAGUAAUUUUGCAAGCAGGCAUUACUUGUGCUAUAGAUAUGUGGUCAUUUGGAUGCUUUGUAGCUGAAUUAUACACUGGAAGACCACUAUUUCCAAGCGGGAAUGAGGCUACUUUACUGCAUAUGAUGACUACUAGCUUACAAUGCCUACCCCCAGACGACAUGCUGGUAAUGGGAAACAAGUCCAGUAACUUUUUCGACAUAAAGAACGCACACAAUAGCCAAACAAGGCUCAAGAAACUCGUCAAUGCGCCUCAUGACAUGCCUGUAAGUAGUACUACACUUAAGGAUAGGAUCAUGGGGUUGAUAUCAAAUGACGAAGAUGAUGAUGAUGAUUCGCUCAUUGAUAAUCAUCAGGAGAUAACUGACAAGGAGAAUUUGUAUGAUUUCUUAAAGAGCAUUCUGGUGUUUGAUCCAAGGAUAAGAUUUACACCUGUGAAGGCUUUGCAGCAUCCGUUCAUUACAUCAGCCAUGGGCAACAUGCCAGUGCGACCGUUACUGCACCACAGCAUCACAACCGGGCCUCAGGUUCAGAAGCCUGUGAUGCCGCCGAUAUCCAAAAGUACUGGAUCCAUCCCAUCUGAAAUGAUAUACGCUUCACUUGCAAAAGCGGUGGCAUCAUCUUCUUCUCUGAACACAUCUCGUACCACAGAGGAUAGCAUCGACAUUCUGACACCCAACAACUCACAGAUAAAUUUACAACAUCAAAAGCAGGGUAGUUUAUCUCCACAGCAUGUAACAACAGUAGCAUCGGACUCAGCUAUCAAGCUGAUCGCUUCACCAGGUCUCAAAUCCAUCCUCAAAACCAAAAAAGGCCCGUCCAAGAGCAACACACCUAUUGCGCUGAUUCCGUCGUUAUCUUCUCCAAUACGAGGACAGCAAGAGAAUACACUGGAUCGAAAGGUCGCCUUCCUUCAUCAAUCAAGGCCAAAUUCUACGUCUCAGUUGAGCGACCAGAGUGCAAAACAGCUAUCAGCCAUGGCAGAUGAUCCGAUACCUGACGUAGUCAAUGUGAAUAAUAAUACCAACACGUACAAUCAAAGCUAUAUCGCACAACAGCAUCCCUACAUGACACAGUAUGGACAGCAGCAGCAGCAGCAAUGGAUGGCUUAUCUUGCCCAGCAAAAUGCAACCAAUGCAACGACUACUCAAACAAUUACAGCACCCUCAACGUACGCAUUGAGCCCAUCCUACACUACAAAUGCCAAUUUGCCCUACAUCUAUCAGCAGGCACAAGCAUUGCAACAACAAAUCUUGCACCCCACUUAUUCUACAUAUCCAUAUCAACAUCCUCAACAGCAGCCAUAUCUGCUCCCACAACAAAAACAGCCCCAACCUCAACAACAUCCAUCACCUUUGUUGAUGUAUUCUAUCAACGAUCUUCACCAAAAUUCUUAA